ACAAGGAAGUUAGGUUGUUAAAUUACGACUUAAAUAUUUUAUUGUGUGUAUUAAUUUUAAACUUGAAGGUUUUUCUGUAAUUUUAAAUAGAUGUAUAUUUUCCAUAUAUUGUCAGUUUCCUUGUUAUUCACAAAAGAAUUGGUGGACUAAUUCAUACUAUUUCGUACAGUGAAAAGGAAUGAGAAACGAGGUGUUUAACGGAAGGUAAACAAAAAGAACUGAAUCAACAACUUAACUGAAGAAGCAUCAGAGAAACACUAAGAGGAAAAUAAAAUAACGUAUUAAUGAUAAUGGGAGAUCGAACGGUGAUAAGCCUUCGUGAUUGGAAAGUAUUCAAUAAAGUGAUUCCUAAAUACAUAAAAAACAAUAUGAAUAUAGAACAAGCUGUCGAUUUGUUGUAUUUGCGAGGAUAUAUUACAAAGGAGAAAAAGCAAAUAUUAGAAACGAUCUGUUGUAGUGAAGUUAGGAAUAAAGACAAAAACAGAAAACUAUUAAUUGAAUUAUUAACUACCUUAGAUUUCAAUGACAUUGUAAGAUUUUUACGAGAUAUAGGUCAGAACUCUUUUGCUAAUGAACUUCAAAUGGAACGCUAUAGUAGAGGUAUCAUUAUACCUUCACACGGCUCUGACAUAGCAGUAAGAUAUGGGACUUUUACUUAUUACAACAAUUUGAAAAUUCAAAUGGAUAACAACAUUUUUCAUGACAGAAUUAUAGAACUUGUUAGGCGUUCAGCUUUUUUGAAAGGAUCACUAACUAUCGAAACGAAUCCAACGAAAAGGCAACGUCUCGUGGAUCGAUAUGCAGUGGUAACCUAUCAGAAAGUGGCACAAUACAGGGACAGAGAAGACAGAGUAAAAAUGUUACAAGAAAUGAAAGAUUCCUUACCGACAGACGUGGAUGGAACAUUUACAAAUAUCAUUUACCUAUGUAAGAUGGCGGUGACGGAAAUGCAUGCGGGAAAUGAGGAGUUGGCGAAAGAAUACACGAGCGAAGCAUUUAAACUGUGUGACGGCUGCCAACAAACAUUUGUCAAAGUCUUUCUUUGUCAUGAUCUACAAUUCGUGUCAAGAAUUUUACAUUCCUCCUCACAUACUGACAGACAUUUGAAAGAUACAAUUUCAGGAGGAGAUCUCGGAUUACUUUUCAUGCAGGAAGAACAAGAUGACUCAGCAAAGAUAUGGAAUCGUGUCUUUCUUUCUGAGAAUGCUAUGGGACUUCUUAAGAUUAGGAGCAAUUUUAAAGUGAUCCUGGAAGAAACAGUAGAUGAAAAUGACAUAAGGCAUGCUGAGAUGCUGUUGGAACAUUUGGUUACUAAACAAGGCCCGCUUGAAAUUCGCAGGGAGAUGAUUUAUUUUCUGUGUCAAGCACGUAUCAGUGAACUCAGAGCAGAUUUAGACGAGGCUAAGGAUUAUGCCUUGAAGGCCAAAAUCCUGGCAGAAGAAGGUGUUCAUUUUGAAAACGACAAAACUAACAUCGCUGAUUAUUAUGAUUAUCUAUGCGGCAAAUAAACUUUUUCCCGCUUUGAUGCUAAGGAACUUGUGCAGAUGUAGAUGCUCACUAUGAGACCGUAUCAAGCUCCCUCCAUUCCUUUUUCUUACAUCCACAUGCAGAUAUGUGUACUUGAGUUUCGCAUUAAUGUCACCAGUAAUUUAUGCAUAAGACAUGUGCAUACUAUUUUGAACUAUUCUUUAAAUGUUCAGUAGCUCCCUCACUAGAUUUAUUUUAAAUUGUCGUAAUAAACAUGCUCAGUAUCAUUAUAACCAUUUUCAAACACCAUUUGCUUUUCCAUACACUUCCAUUAUUACAGUAUGGCGUUUACGGCCUUCCACAAAUCGUAACAUGUAUAUCAAAUAGCAUAUUUUAAGAACUGUAUUAGUUCCACAAAAAUGGACGAUAGACAUGGAAUAAUGAUACUUUAUUUCUGUAUUUAUUGGGUGAAAUUUAUGACACCUCGCCCUGUUUACAUCGUCAGCAUGAUGGACGAAAGCAUUUCAUGAAACCAUUUUCAAUACACAUCUAAUACAAGAAAUAUUGUCAGAAUGUAUAAUGAAAUACUGUAACCAAAGUAAAAAAAAAUGGUUUA